AUUGCAGAUCUAAGUCAGGGCAUUCCAGAUCUGGAUCCAAGUCGGGCCAUUCCAGACCCGGAUCCAAGUCGGGCCAUUCCAGACCCGGAUCCAAGUCGGGCCAUUCCAGACCCGGAUCCAAGUCGGGCCAUUCCAGACCCGGAUCCAUGUCGGGCCAUUCCAGACCCGGAUCCAAGUCGGGCCAUUCCAGACCCGGAUCCAAGUCGGGCCAUUCCAGACCCGGAUCCAAGUCGGGCCAUUCCAGACCCGGAUCCAAGGCGGGCCAUUCCAGACCCGGAUCCAAAGCGGGCCAUUCCAGACCCGGAUCCAAAGCGGGCCAUUCCAGACCCGGAUCCAAGGCGGCCCAUUCCAGACCCGGAUCUAAGUCGAGCCAUUCCAGACCCGGCUCCAUGA